ACAACCCGCUGUUAAAUUUAAAUGAUUCUCUUGUGUGUAUAGUUUAGCGUUUCGGUGUGAUACAUUUGCAAAAAAUAGAUUUUUAUGUUCACAAAUAGCAUUUGUUGAUAUUACAACCUGUACACUUAUUUUUCAUUUUCUAUCGUGUGUGAAUAACAAAAAGCAUAGAACAACACGGAAAAUCAUACGUUUUAUGGUCUUCCUUAAGGCUUUUAUAGUUGUUUACUUUUAACCAAAAAAAUAAACACAUAAACGUUAUAUUUUGGUUUUUCCGCGUCAUUGAACAGUGAAGAUUUAAGAUAAAUUUUAAAUAUCAAGUCACAAAGAAAAGUCAACCAAAUUUUAAGUGACAUGUAUCGGAUAAAAAGUGUUAAAAUUAAUGAAAUUCAGAAAUGGUAAACUGAUGAUGAUAAUCGGAAAUCUUGAGAAUACUUAUCAAUUGAUGGAUACGAUAAAUCGGACAACAAAUAACUCCAGUAAUGAGUCCACGAUUGGUGGCAAUCCAUUUUCUGACAGUGUAAUUAUAUGGCUGUACAAUGAAAGUUUAUAUAGGAAUAUCAACCUGCCGUGUGUUAUCUUUCUAAUUGUUUUAGCUGUAUUCGGAAUAUUCGGAAAUUCGCUGGUUUUAUACAUCUAUGGAUUCCGAUUCAAGCGGACAAACGCCCAUUUCUUUGUUCUAUGCUUAGCUGUGUUUGAUACAAUGUGUUGUAUUGCAAUGUUAAUGGAAGUAUUUGACAAACGGUUUCCGAUGUACACAGGGCGUUAUAGAGUAUUGUGUAAAAUAACCAGACUAACAGAGAUGUUUUCAACUGUAUCAUCUAGUUUAUUUUUGUUGUGUAUUGCUUUGGAUCGUUAUUAUAAAAUAUGCAAACCAUUUAAGAGGUUUUCAUACAAGAAAGCUAGAAUGUGUUUGCUUAUUUGUAUUUGUAUAAGUUUGGUACUUUCUUGGCCUAUGUUGCUCUUUCACGGACCUGAGACUGUACAAACUGGUGUCAAAAAUGUAGUGGGGUUAGAUUGUGGGGAUGAUGACAAGUAUAAAAGUUCGGUUUUACCAUCAGUUUACUUUGGAUUUAUGGGAGUGUUGAAUGUUGUUGUUAUAAUUUUACUGUCUUUCAUGUAUGUACGUAUAUUUAAAGCAAUUUGGGUAUGGAAGAAUCAACAUAUAGGCGAGGACAUUCCCUCGUCACCGGUACAUGUUGUAUCAAUGAAUUAUAGACUUAGUAAAGUGAUAUCUAAAUUUAAAUAUUCUAAAAAGAAACGGUAUAACAGUGAAACCUCUGAAACUUUUUCUGCAGAAAAUGACGAGAAUACGGACGUUUCUCACCAUGAACAACCAAAUAACAAAGCUGACACUUCUAAUACCGAAAAUUCUGUCACAGCACAAAAUGGAAAAUCAAAUAAUGGAUUUAUUCAUGAAAGAAUUAGUCGGCCUACUCAUUUUAGUUAUAAAAAACACAACAACGGACGACAAUCGUCGACAAUAGAAGAAAACGAGCAUAGAAAUUACAAGGAUAGAAGACAUUCAACAUUUAGUACAGGGAGCGGUUAUGGUUCAAGGAAGGGCUUUAAAAGUUCAAGGACCGUGACGACAAACACAGUAAUAUUUAGCACUGUGACGAUUGUUUAUAUAUUCUCUUAUCUUCCUACCAUAAUUGUUGAAACUUUGAACGCUAAUCAUGUUUAUGUCGAAGAGAAUUUGCCAAAUUCAACUCGCAGCUUAUUAGUUCUUAUGAAUGUGACUUAUUUCAUUAACAAUGUAGCUAAUCAGUAUGUAUAUAGUGCCAUAAAUCCUGCUUUCCGAAACCAAGUUAAGCAAAUAUUCACUGGACCAUAGUCAGUCAUAAUUUAUUCCAUCCAUUUUUGUCGUUGAUGAAAAAAAAAGUUUUGAAAGUUGUGUAGCAUUAUUAUCUGUGAUAUAUGCAAAUUUCAUUUAAACAUUUAUAUUAAAACAUUCAUAUGUUUAAAGCUUUAUAAUAGUUUGCAUGUAUUUACAAAUGAAUAAGUGCCUUUGAACGAUGGAGUGUCAUAACGUCCCUUAUACUAUAUGCAUUAAAUAUUCUUAUUUUCGAUU